AUGGACUCACAAUUCCGACGGACAACAAGUCCACCGCUGGAUCCAAGUGGACCAUCAUUCUUCAGUAUCCCGAAUACUUCCAACCUAACACCAUUUCAAAAGGUUUUGCUCAUCAGCCUGGCCGUGUCGUUCCUCGCCAUCAAUUUCACUUUCUAUCGCCUCGCCAGCAUUCUUUCCCGUGAGAGCAGGAAGUCCGGAUCGAUUGGCCAGUCAGCAGCAACACCUACGGGUCAGUUUGCUCAUCUGCUCGUCGUUCUCGGCUCAGGAGGACACACGGCCGAAAUGCUCAAUAUCCUCUCUACUUCUCUACCAUCACUCCAAGCACCAUGGACCUUUAAUUUCCGAACAUACGUGAUUAGCUCUGGGGAUUCCUUUUCCGCCCAGAGAGCCCAAGAAUUCGAAUCUGCUUUAGCAGAACGCAGUGCGGCCGUCCAAGAGGAAUCAGUCCCCUCCUACAGCAUCAUAACCGUCCACCGCGCACGCAAAGUCCACCAGUCACUCUUCACUGCGCCGCUCAGCUCUUUGAGGUGUCUCUGGGACUGCCUCCGCGUGUUGAUUGGAUCUCAUCCCAAUAUCAUCCAAACUGGCACAUCUGUAAGAGGCACUCCGGAUCUGAUCCUCACCAACGGACCAGGGACCGGUGUCAUUGUGAUCUUGGCGUCGUUGAUUCUACUUUUCUUCGGCCUCGGCGGAACCUCUACCUCCUCUCCCUCGAUGAACGAAAGCAAGACUCUCGCGCAAGACGCGGCUCAAUCCGGCCAAAUGCGCAGCAUCUACAUUGAGAGCUGGGCACGAGUCAAGACUUUAAGCUUGAGUGGCAGGCUGUUGAAGCCGCUGGUGGACCGCUUUAUUGUGCAGUGGCCUCAGCUGGUGGAGACGGAAGGGAAGAGGGUUGAGUAUAUUGGACCUUUGGUCACGUAG